AUGCUUGUCACGGUUCCGCUCGUCCCCCCUCCAAACCCCGGAUCUGCAGCCAGACACGGUCGCGAAGUAGCAAGCAACUGCGCCCUUGGACCGAGGGCAAUUGCAGGGUCACAAUCUCCAGCUUUGAACAUGCCGCGCAGCGAAUUGGCUCGAGAACUUCCCUCGGGUCGACACAUUCGGUCCAAUGGGGCCUUCAACCGGGCCUACCCGGGCGAGCUUUGGGGAAGGAUGGCUGGGCCUAGGGAAAUUCUAGUUGCUGGUCGCGGAAACAAGAAACAUUCUACGUCAUCUUCACUGUAUCGCCUGCUAUUCACAAUGUCACACAUGGACGCCGAGGAUGCCCAAUUCCAAAAGGAGGUUGCAGAGGUAAAGCAAUGGUGGAAUGACUCAAGAUGGAGAUACACCAAGAGAACCUUCACGGCGGAAGAAAUUGUUUCAAAGCGCGGUAACCUCAAGAUCACAUACCCGAGCAACAGUCAAUCAAAGAAGCUGUGGAACAUUGUGGAACACCGCUUCAAGAACAAGGAUGUGAGCUAUACAUAUGGAUGUCUCGACCCGGUCAUGGUCACGCAGAUGGCCAAGUACUUGGACACUGUGUACGUUUCUGGAUGGCAGGCGUCUUCGACAGCAUCGUCUACCGACGAACCGGGACCAGAUCUAGCAGACUAUCCAUACACUACCGUGCCCAACAAGGUCGGACAUCUAUUCAUGGCACAAUUGUUCCAUGACCGGAAACAACGGGAAGAGCGCCUCACAACCCCCAAGGCCGACCGGGCGAAAGUUGCCAAUGUCGACUACCUACGCCCAAUCAUUGCCGAUGCGGAUACUGGCCAUGGAGGUCUCACGGCAAUUAUGAAGCUCACAAAACUGUUUAUCGAAAAGGGUGCUGCUGGUAUCCAUAUCGAGGAUCAGGCACCAGGCACAAAGAAGUGCGGACACAUGGCUGGAAAAGUGCUGGUGCCGAUCAGCGAACACAUCAACCGCUUGGUAGCCAUCCGUGCUCAAGCAGACAUCAUGGGAACCGAUCUUCUAGCUGUUGCCCGAACGGAUUCUGAAGCUGCCACCCUCAUCACCUCUACAAUCGACCCACGUGACCACUACUACAUUCAGGGUUGCACCAACCCAGCCCUUCAACCCCUCAGCGAGCUCAUGUAUGCCGCCGAGCAAUCUGGGAAGAGUGGAAGCGAGCUCCAGGCCAUUGAAGAUGCAUGGGUCAAGGAGGCCAAUCUGAAACUCUUCCACGAAGCCGUAGUUGACACUAUCAAUGCCGGUGUACACGUGAACAAGCAAGAACUCAUCAACCAGUUCUUAGAGCAGAGCAAGGGUAAGAGCAAUGCCGAGGCACGCACUAUUGCCCAAGGUCUCACUGGUGUGGACGUCUACUUCAACUGGGACGCUGCCAGGACCCGUGAGGGCUACUACAGGUACAAAGGUGGCUGCCAAUGCGCCAUCAACCGCGCCAUUGCGUACGCACCCUUUUGCGAUAUGAUCUGGAUGGAGUCGAAGCUCCCCGACUAUGCCCAGGCCAAGGAAUUCGCAGACGGUGUCCACGCCGUCUGGCCCGAACAAAAACUCGCAUACAACCUCUCCCCCUCCUUCAACUGGAAAGCAGCCAUGCCGCGCGACGAGCAAGAAACGUAUAUCCAGCGCCUCGCCCAACUGGGUUACUGCUGGCAAUUCAUCACGCUCGCGGGUCUGCACCAAAGCGCGCUCAUGGCCGACACGUUCAGCAAGGCGUACAGCAAGCAGGGUAUGCGUGCGUACGGCGAGAUUAUCCAGGAACCCGAGGCGGAGAACAAGGUGGAUGUGUUGACGCAUCAGAAGUGGAGUGGAGCAAAUUAUGUUGAUAAUAUGUUGAAGAUGGUGAGUGGCGGGGUGAGUUCGACGGCAGCCAUGGGUAAGGGUGUUACGGAGGAUCAGUUCAAGUAA